UACGUACAAAGCACAGAGUACAACAUAUUUCAUCAGCAAAACCCUUGCUCACAAAACCUCUACCGUUCUUCACCCCUACACUCAAAACCCUACUCAAACAAUCCCUCAAAUUGAACGAUUUCAAGAUGUUAGCAAUAGCAAACCGAUUAAGAAACCUGCAAAACAUAAAAACCCGAUCAUUCACGACUGCUACAAUCGCUCGACAUGAAACUAACAGUAGCAAGAAGAAGGUUUCAUUGUAUUCGAAAAUUAGCCCACUUGGAAACCCUAAUUUGGCGAUGACACCGGAGCUAGAUGAAUGGGUUGAUACAGGGAAGAAGGUGCGAGCCUCUGAGGUUAAGCAGAUUAUUCAUGAUCUUCGUAAACGCAGACGGUUCCAUCAUGCAUUGGAGGUUUCAGAGUGGAUGAACAAGAAAGGCAUUUGCGCAUUUACACCUACAGACCAUGCAGUGCAGUUGGACCUAAUAGGCAAGGUCCACGGGUUCCUCGAGGCAGAAAAAUACUUUAACGGUCUAGCUGAACAAGAUAAAACCGGCAAGACGUACGGGGCCCUUCUUCAUUGUUACGUCAGACAACGUGAAACCGAGAAAGCUCUUUCACACUUUCAAAAAAUGAAGCAAAAAGGUUUCGUUUUAUCACCCGUCACUUAUAAUGACAUCAUGAGCCUUUAUAUUCGUACCAAUGAAGUCGAUAAAGUUCAUGACGUGUUAAACGAGAUGAAAAAGAACGGUGUCUCUCCCGACAAUUUAAGCUAUAGAGCGUGCAUAAGUUCAUAUGGGGGUAAAAUGGACAUUGAGGGUAUGGAAAGUGUAUUAAAGGAAAUGGAGAACGAUUCGAAUAUCGUCAUGGAUUGGAACACGUAUACGGUUGUUGCAAACUGGUACAUUGCGGGUAAUCUUUUAGACAAGGCAAAUAACGCCUUAAAGAAAGCUGAAAAACAGUUGGUUGAGAAAGACGGAUUAGGGUACAACCAUUUAAUCUCGUUACAUGCACGUUUAGGAAACAAAGAUGAUGUCGUUAGAGUAUGGGGUCGGCAAAAGAGCGUGUGUAAGAGACAACUUAACCGCGACUAUAUCACAGUGGUGAAGUCACUAGUGAUACUUGAUGAGUUUGAAGAAGCCGAAAAGAUAUUAACAGAGUGGAUUUCAUCCGGAAAUGUUUAUGAUUUUCGGGUCCCGAACAUUAUCAUUAACGGAUAUUUGAAGAAAGGUUUGUGUGAUAAAGCAAAGGACUUGCUUGAUCGUUUGUCGAAGGACCAAAAGGUAACAAUGCCCGAUAGUUGGGGGUUGGUGGCGUUGGAAUUCUUGAAAAAAGGCGAUGUCGGGGCGUCUAUAAGUUGUAUGGAGACCCUGUUUUCUUUGCAGUUAGAGAAGAAGGAUUGGAAAAUCGACUCGAAAGUUUUUGAAAAGUUGUUGGAUGGUAUUGGUGAGAAGGCAGGCGUGAAAGAUGUUGAAUCAUUGGUGCAGAAGUUGAAGAAUUAUGUGAAAUUUGAUAGGGGAAUGUAUCAUAGUUUGAUGAAAGGGUACAUUAAUGGUGGUAAAGAAAUAGGCAAGGUUUUGGAAGACAUGAAAGCUGAUGGAAUUGAAGAAGAUGAAGAAACAAAGAGGAUUCUUGUCUUGCAGCAGAACAAAGUUUAAGAACUCAAAAUGGUGAAUAACAAAGACCCCCCCGCCCCAAACCGCGCACACACAUCUUGCUUUUUUUUCAUUCUAGCUUAGUAGGUAAAACAAUUCUGGAUUCUUUGAUAUAAUGUUGCAAGUUUUGUGGGCAAAUUUGUAAUUGUGUUGUAUUGUAUUGAAGGAUUGUUAUGAUGCAAUUUAACAUUAUGCUUUGAUCCUCAGGGGCAUUUACGA